UCACUUGCUUCCUCCCUUGCAGAUUUUCAGACACCACCCUACCCCAAUCAUGUCUCCAAGGAUCCCGACGAGGGCGAACCUCGCCCUCGCCGCCCUCCUCAUCCUCCUCACCAUCGCCGCCACCACCCUCGCAUCGGCGAAGUGCAUCGCGAAGAACAAACCCGAAGGCGAGGAGGGGGAACCCAGUGGUGCGGGCGCGGCUGCGGCCCACGCUUCACCGGAGAAGAAACCCGGCUCCAACGGCGGGUUAACCACCAUGUCCGUCGGUGAGAGCGUACCGGAGAUCAAGAAGGACUCCUCCGAUGAUGGCGCCGCCGUGAAUGAGAGCAAGAAACCUAAAUCCAGUGGCGGCUUGACUACCCUCUCCGUCGAUGAUAGUCAAGCAGAACCCGCGGACAGUAUAGCAGAACCCGUGGAAGAUGGCACCGACGACGGCGAGGAUGAGUCGGAGAAAAAGAAGAAGAAGAAGAAGAAGAAAUCCAAAAGCAAGAGCUCCGAUGAUGAUGAUGAUGAUGCCGAGAAGAAAUCCAAGAAGAAAUCGAAGAACUCGGACGACGAUGAAGAUGACAAGAAGAAAUCCAAGAAGAAACCCAAGAACCCGGACGACGAUGAAGAUGACAAGAAGAAAUCGAAAAAGAAGAGCUCCGAUGAAGACAACGACGGUGCCAAGAAGAAGAAGAAGAAGAAAUCCAAGGGCAAGAGCUCCGAUGAGGAAGAUGAUGAAAAGCCCAAGAAGAAAUCCAAAAGCAAGAGCAAAUCCUCCUCCUCCGACGAAGAAGAUGAGAAGAAAUCAAAAUCCGAGGGCCAAGCCGCGGCCAAACCAAAGGAAGAAGACGAGGAAGGCGGCUCGGCAUCGGCAUCGGCAUCGACAUCGGCGCCGAAGAAUGAGCACCACUCGGGCACCAUGUCGCUCCCGGACCCGGACAUGAUCGCGCAGCCGGUGAUGCAGGCGCUGAACCCAGUGGUGAAGGCGCUGUGCGGCAAGACGGACCACGCCGACCUGUGCGAGUCCUCCAUCGGGCAGCUGCCGCAGCAGCCGCCGGCGCAGCUGGACGACAUCGGCGUCCUCAGGCUCUCCAUGAACGCGCUGCGCGCCAAGGUGCAGGAGGCGAUCAGCGUGGCGACGAACAGGAUGGGGGCGGCCUCCGGGGACGAGGUGUCCAAGGACGCCAUGGGCGACUGCCUCCAGAUGUACGACGACAUGAAAUCCAACCUGGACUCGGCGGACGCGGCGCUCAAGAAGGGGGACAAGGACACGGCGCACACCAUGCUCGACUCCGCGCGCACCGACGUCGACACCUGCGAGGACGGCUUCAGCGAGCGGGAGGGGCUCAAGCCGAUCAUGGGCGACCUCGACAAGAUCCUCGCCGAGCUCUCCAGCAACACCAUCGCCAUUGCCUCCGCCAUAAUUGAGUGACUCAUCUCAUUUUCUCUCUGUCUUUCUCCCUCUGACCGUCUUGAACAAACAACUGAAGUGUAUGUAGUAUGUACCGAGUGUUUCAAAAGCUGAAACUGCAUUAUGUAUCUGUACCAUUAUGAUUGAUUAUUAUGACUUGUGAAAUUGUGAAUUGUGAUUAUGACAUCCA